UGCAAGGACGAGUUUGAUCACAUUCAUCAGAUGUCAGAAGAUGGACUCCAACAGCGGUGUGAAUCGAUGUGGCUUACUGGAGAGGCAGUGAGUGAGGUCGGGAGGAGUGCAGGGUUCAGGACCUGCCUCGGUCACGUCACCGGGAGGGGUUAUCUCAUCUCCAUUGAAGCAUUAGCCCUUGUCUUUCAGUCCUGCAGGGAAGAGCUGGAGAGGGAACAAGCAUCACUUGCAAGAGUUGAACGAGAUCCAGAUGAGGCCACACAGAGGCUGCUGAUGGCCCAGGAAGAGAUCCAGAGGUUGACAGAAGAGCUGGGCGCACAAAGAAAGGAGCAGAGAAAACAAGAAUUGGCCUCGUGGUCAGCCCUGCAAGCACCCAAGAGCCAGGAAGAAGGGGUGAACGAAUGGGGAGGGUGCGACAAGGCUGAGCUACAGAAAGCCAUGGAGCACAACAGCAGGCUGGACAAGGAAAUCCUGGCGCUGCAGGCCCGGGUCCAAACGCUCGACUCGGAAAGAAAAGCGUUCCUUGAUCUGGUUGAACAGCUGAAAGAGGAGAUCUGUGAGUAUCAGAAGAGCGAGAAGCAAGGACUUCCGUUGCCCACGCCAACUGACACUGAAGAAGUCGCAGUGUCCUUGCUGCAGGGUGCAAAGGAUGAUGGGAGGAUUGAAGGAGACUCUGUUUCAGGCAAAGCUGGCUCAGAUCAGGAAGACAGAUACCAGGGUAGCGAAACGCUUCAUAAAAGGUGCCGAGAGGUGAUUGAAAACAUUGAGGGCAGGAAUUCACAGCUCCUUCACAAGCUGCAAAAACUGGAGCAGGACCAUGAGGAUUUGGUAGAGCGCAAUGAAAAGCUGGAAUCAAUUCUGGGAGAGACACAGAUCCAGACCAAGCAGGAGAAGGAACAGUUUGAGUAUGAGGUGGAGGGACUUCACCGGAAAAUCACAAGUCUAGAGACAGAGUUACUUGAAGUGCAGAAGAACAAAACAGAGCUGUGUGGGGAAGAGCAGGCAUCGUCUGGAGCACAAGAGAUGCAAGAGAUGCUGGAAAGCUGUCAGGAAACGAUAGAAAAGUUGGGAAGUCAACUGGGAGAGCGGAGAGAACGGCGAAAACAACUUGCAUCUGAGCUUGAACUGCUACGAGAAGAUCUGAAGACUGAGAAAAAGGGGUUGCCUGACUCAAAACCAGAGUUUACAAGCCAUGCUAAUAACUUCUCAAGUCUCCAAGGAACAUCAGCAAGCAGGGGUCUUAUUAAUGUAAGACAAAAAGAUAAUGUUUUGUCAGAUACAGAGGUCUCUGAAGUCCUCCAAGAAAGAGAACAGAUCAACAAACUUGGGCAGAAACAUCAAGAUCUCUGUACAGAUGAAAAGAUGUACGAAGAACCGAUGGCUAAAGUAGUGUUUUUGGAAGAACAGAUCAAAAACUUGAGGGAUGAACAAGAACUGCUCUGUUCUCAAUUAGUAGAAAGCCAGAAGAAGAGGGAGGAGCUAGAAAAGCAGCUAAAAGAGAGCAACGAGGAAAAACGGUUGUUACUGGAAGAAAUUGCCCAGCUACAAGACGGCCUCCUGACCACAUGGGAGCAGGGCGAGAGCACGCCUGAAGAGCCUUCGA